AUGUGUGUGGAUGCAGGGGUAAAAUUGGUCUAUCUGCCACCCUACUCGCCGGACUUGAAUCCGAUUGAAGAGUUUUUCGCUGAGCUCAAAGCCUUUAUUAAACGCAACUGGGGUUAUUAUGAAGUAGACACUGAUCAAGGCUUUGAUGCCUUUCUUCAAUGGUGCAUUGAUGUGGUCGGUGCAAAGGAAGAGAGUGCUAGAGGUCAUUUUCGGCACGCAGGGUUGAAAAUCGAAGAAGUCUCAGAAAAUUGCUAG